ACAAUUUAUAAUAUACACACAAAACUACAUCGAGAUUCCCUCCUUAAAUAACCGACUCAAAAAAUAUCCGAAAUCAAAACGAUUUAAUAAAAAACCAAAAUAGUAAGCAAAAUAACGAAUCACAAUAUCACAUUCACACUACCUCAGCUUCCGACCACCUCCACUGUUAAUAAACUCAAACCUCUGCAAUUGUCUUCUUCUCUUCAACUCCAUCAUCUCCACCACCGGCAUUCUCGCCGGAAUCCAAUGGAGCUUACCAGCUUCCAUCGCUCUUCUCUCUUAUUCCUCAUCUCACUAACAUUGAUCAUUCUCCCGACGACAACAACUUCAAUCGGAGUAAACUACGGUCAAAUCGGAGACAACCUCCCCUCCCCAACCGACGUAAUCCCACUAAUAAAAUCAAUCGGAGCAACAAAAGUAAAACUCUACGACGCAAAUCCACAAAUCCUCAAAGCUUUCUCCAACACCGGAAUCGAAUUCAUCAUCGGACUCGGCAACGAAUACCUCUCCAAAAUGAAAGAUCCUUCAAAAGCCUUAACAUGGAUCAAACAAAACGUUACUCCAUUUUUACCUGCGACUAACAUCACAUGCAUAACUAUCGGUAACGAAAUCCUCGCUCUCAACGACUCUUCACUCACUACCAAUCUCCUCCCAGCGAUGCAAGGAGUUCACUCUGCUUUAAUCACCGCCGGUCUCUCCGAUCAAAUCUCCGUCACCACCGCGCAUUCUCUCUCGAUCCUCAAAUCCUCAUUCCCACCUUCCGCCGGCGAGUUUCAACCGGAUCUACUCGAUUCGCUAACUCCGAUCUUAGAAUUUCACCGGAAAACUGAUUCUCCGUUCUUAAUCAACGCGUAUCCUUUCUUCGCUUACAAAGGAAACCCUAAAGAAGUUCCUUUAGAUUUCGUUCUGUUUCAACCUAAUCAAGGAAUCGUAGAUCCGGCCACCGGUUUUCACUACGAUAACAUGUUGUUCGCUCAGAUCGACGCUGUCUACUCUGCUUUAGCGGCGGCGGGGUUUAAAUCGUUGAGAGUUGAGAUAUCGGAGACUGGGUGGCCAUCGAAAGGUGACGACGAUGAGGUCGGAGCUACGCCGGAGAAUGCGAAGAGGUAUAACGGAAACUUGAUUAAGAUGAUGAUGAGUGGUAAAAAGACUAAAACGCCCUUGAAGCCUAAUAAUGAUCUAAGUAUUUACGUUUUUGCCCUUUUUAAUGAGAAUUUGAAACCUGGUCCGACGUCGGAGAGGAAUUAUGGCUUGUUUAAACCUGAUGGGACUCAGGCUUAUUCACUUGGGUUUGCUUUAAACGAUGUCGUGAGAGGUGCUAGUGGUGGUGGUACCGGUGGUGGGAAUAGUAGUAGCGGUGGAGGAAGGGAUAAGUCACCGGUGUUUCCGGUUUCUCCGGUGGCCCCGGAUAGUGCGUCCACUGGUUAUUUAGCAAUUUCGGCUUCUCCGGUAACGGGGAAAAGAAAAGGGAAAGGGGCAAUAUUGUCAUUGGUGGUGAGCAUGUUACUGGCGAGACACUUACUUUGAUUACACGAAACUCGAGUUUAACUUACUAGAAGUUAAAGUUGUCCUGAAGCCAUUUGCAUUCUUCUAAAUUCCAGAUAUUUUUUUUACUUGAGCUAUUUUCACGGCUAUUUUUCGUUUUUAUUACUCCUAUAAUCUUUAUGUUAGAAAUUCAUUUUGCACCUUAUGUAGUAUGAGGAAUUGAGGAUCACACAUUUAAUUCACUUCUAUAUUCCCAAUCAAUAAUAUGUUUUUCACUGCCCAAAUUUUUUCCCUCACUGGGAAAAA